AUUGGCUUCAUGUGGAUUUUUCAUGUCUGCGAUCGUGAAAGCCAUUUUCCCGUUCGUCGUGAGCCCGACCCAACAGGCCGCCAUUGUCUCACCCCGUCGCAGCGGCUCGUUUCCGAUCCGUCGUCCGAGCGUUUUUCCACUUUUUCCCCACUUGGAGAGUUUUCCACUUUCGACCUGUUCUCAUCCUCUCGGAAAUGGGCUUGCAAAAGGCGGAAAACAAUUCGGCCAACGCGGCAAAGCCGAUCGUCAAGCCGUACGGGAAGAUCGAGCUCUCGCUCAACAACGUCCUCCUCCCGGAAGAGAGGCUCACGACGACGCCGUCCAAAUUGGACGGAAUGGAUCAAGAGACGGAGACCGACUCUCGAGUCCUCGGAUGCGAGCUUAUACAAACAGCCGGAAUCCUCCUCAAGCUUCCUCAGGUCGCUAUGGCCACUGGUCAAGUGUUGUUCCAAAGGUUUUAUUAUUCAAAGUCGUUUGUGAGGCAUAGCAUGGAGACGACUGCCAUGGCAUGCGUCUGCCUCGCUUCGAAAAUCGAGGAAGCUCCCAGGAGAAUAAGGGACGUUAUUAACGUUUUUCACCAUAUCCGACAAGUCAAUUCUCAAAAGCCAAUAUCCCCAAUGGUUUUGGACCAACACUACAUUGAUUUGAAAACUGAAGUAAUUAAAGCAGAGAGAAGGGUCCUAAAGGAGCUCGGUUUUUGUGUUCACGUCAAACAUCCCCAUAAGGUUAUAGUAAUGUACCUUCAAGUACUGGGUUUUGAGAAGCAUAAAAACUUCAUGCAACUUUCCUGGAAUUACAUGAAUGACGCUUUAAGAAGUGAUGUUUUUAUGAGGUAUGACCCGGAAACAAUAGCCUGUGCUUGUGUUUAUUUAAGUGCCAGGUAUCUGGAAAUCUGCCUUCCAAAAGUACCGCCAUGGUUUGGAAUAUUUAAAGUAACCGAAGCCCAAAUACUUGACAUUUGCCAUAGAAUACUUCUUUUAUACAAACGAUCAAAAGUGAAUGUGGAAGAGCUUGAAAAGAAAGUAGCAGAUCUGAAAAGACAAUAUCAAGAGUCUAAACAAAAAUUAAAAGGAAUCACGUCAGGGAACAACUCGCCUAACAGUGUCAAUUCUCCGAGUCGAAAUAAUCAUAGCAGUGAGAAAGCCAGAAGUGAAAGUCGAUCAAGAUCAAAUAGUAGAAGCCCAUCGAAGCAUAAACGAUCAAAAGGACACAGUAGGGGACGUUCAAGGUCUGCCGAGAGGAGGAGCAGCAAAAAACACAGGAUAAGGAGGAGUUACACCCCGAGCCCUUCUCCUCCGAGACAUUCCUCCAAGCAUUCCAGGGAUAAAUCGAGGUAUCGCUCUCGAUCAAGAAGUCCGGGUGCUCGCUCAGGUAGUUAUGAUAAAUAUUAUACUUCUGAGAAAAAGUCAAGAACAAAACAUAGGGAUUCUUAUGACGAAGUUCGAAUUCGGAGUAGGCAUUGAUAAAGCUUAAAAAUCCCUACUAACUUUUUAAUUACCAACUCUUGACUAUUUGAUCAAACAGUACGAAUAGCAAGGUGCAUUUAUAUAGAGCGUCAGAGUUGGGGGUUGUUUUCAAAGAUCCCCAUAUUUUUUUUUAAUUUUACACAUUUUUCUAAGAAAGAGGAAAAAACAAACAUUGUAGUUAAUA